AUCAAUCAUUACACAGAAAUACUGCGUACCAUCACAGAGGAUAGCAGUAAGAAAUACGCGAUAUAAAUCUAAUCGACAUUAAAAAGGACUUACAAAACCAGGACCGGUUCAUUUUGACUUAUAAAAGUGAUUCACUUCGGAAACUGACAACAACUUUUGACACCGGGGCUUUUUACUUUGAAGAGAAGAUGUUGAAAGUUUACCUCAUGCUGGUUUUGUCCGCGGCUGCUGCUGUUUUCGCUGAAUCGGUACGGGAAACGGAAACAUGGGUACCUCUGAAAAUCAAGUCGCCCCGUGAGGAUCUGGAGUCUUCUGGCAACUCUCCAAAUGAAGACUUUGAGUUUACUGAAUUAAACCCAACUGAUGAUGAGGAUGGUUUUGAUGAUGAUGAUGAAGAUGAUUAUGAUGGCUCAGGCUCUGGGUUUUUAGAUGAGCCCACAGAAAUUGAGACUGGUAUCUUCAAUAAUAACCGGAUCCCUGAUUCUGAGGGUCCAUUUGCACCGAGGCCAACUAUCAAUAACGAUAUUUUGGUUAAACACAAUGAGGUCGGCCGGCGUGGAGAACCAAAGCAAGACGAUGACCAGCACAGCAAUGUGCUCAUGACGCAUGCUGGAGAAGACAGCUUGCUCAAUAAUACAGAGGUGCUUGCAGCCGUUAUUGCGGGUGGAGCAGUUGGUCUGGUCUUUGCCAUCCUCCUCAUCGUUCUGCUGGUUCACUUCGUUCUCCGCAUCAAGAAGAAAGAUGAAGGAAGUUACGACCUGGGCAAGACUCCCAUCUACAAGAAAGCUCCUACUACAGAAAUCUACGCAUGAGCAUCCCCUCCCUCACAUACCUUCUCUCUCUCUCUUUUGAACUAUAAGCUCACACAGUGCCUCGGCCCAACGGGCCGCCGCCAACCUCUCACAUACCACGAAAACCGCAGAAGGACCUCACACGAAUAAUUCGCUCUGACUGGACAUUUGCAUUGAAAUCUUAAAGUGACUCGGAGGGGAUGGCGUCUGUUGCCAAACUGCUCGAUUCAAAAGAUGUUCUUGUCUUUUCAUUCUCACACUUAUUGCCUUUUCACCUUGUGGCCCAUUGUGUCCAUUUAUUAUUUUUUUUUAAAAUAAAACACUACAAGUUGCAGUGGAGCCAUUCACAGGUUAAAGGCUUUGGAUUGACCAUUGAACCAGCCGUUAUGAGAAACAGUCAACAUCACGAUCGGUGCAACAGAAGGGAUGGUUACUGUAGCCUUUUACGUUAUCAGAUGUCUUUUGUUUUUAAAUCUGUGUGCUGUAAAACGUUUUUUAUUUCUUUAGUAAAACAUUUGAGGUGGAACCAAAUUGAGGGCAUGCAGUAUACGUUCGAACCUAAAUUCUGUGAGAGCAAAACCUGAAAAUGGUUUGCUAUACUAAUGUAUACUCAUUUCAACCAUGGUGUUAUGGUACAUUCCUCAUAUCUGUAUGUCAUUGUUGUGGUGGUUUUGUGCGACGAGAGAUUCGAUCCACUACAGUGCUGCUUGACUGUCAACUAAGCUACUUUAACAGGUGCAGAUGUUGUUGACUGAGAAUCAGUUCACUGCAAACAGACUUUGUACAUCCAGGGAUCUGUAUAUAGCCAUUUGAAUAAAAUGUAAAACUUUGGUACUUAGCCAUUUCUUGACAGCCUUUUAUUUACCAAAUAUUUAAAUGCCAAAAUAAUUUUUUAUUGUUCUUAUAUCUCAUCCCGGUAUUCGCUUUUGCCGUAAAACCUGUUCGUGAAGCGCAGAUGCUUUGAAUCUGUAUCUUUCAGAAACAUUUAUGGAAAUGUUAUGUUUGAGAACAAUGACCAAUGCUAGUACUAACUUUUUUUUUCUUUUUUUCUUUUUUUUUUUUUCAGUGUUUUUGUAGAUGUUCUUAAUUCCUUUUUUAAUUUUUUUGGUAUUAAUUAUUUUAUUGCCUAUUUUAUUGUCAUAUUUUAUUGCCUGCCUUCAGGUCGGGGGUGUUUGUCCCCCUUCUCAGCUGUUGUACAUGUGAUAAUUGUAUUUUAUUUUUUUGGUUUUUAGAUUUGUUUUAUAUACAGUAGUGCAAAAAUUCAAAGGCUGAUAGUCUUUCGACCAGUUUUUUUUUUUUUAAAAAGAGUUUCUAUUUCUUUUAGACUUUUUAAGCUGAAUCUAUUUAUGUUUUGUAGAAGGAUGUUCUGGAUUAGUUAAGGGGAACGUGAAUGAGCUGUGCAUUUCUAGCAUGGUGUAAAAUGAUAAAAAAAAUAAAAAUCUGCUGCUUUGUUUGGUCACAUCCAGAUUAAAUCACUGAUCUAAUGUUGAAGUCAAUGAAUCAUUGAUUUCUGCAUGCAGGUUCUGAUUUGUUAAAAAUAAAGCUAUUUUAUGCACAUAACCAAA